AAAGUAAAUAAAUAAAUGAAGAUAGACAACUUGCGUCUACUUCCCACAUCACUUUCUCCUUCAAUAGUUUCAAAUCCAAACUUACCAUAUAUCAUCCAAAUCCAACACCCUCUCCCCUCUCCUAACUUCAAAAACAAAAUGGAAAAAAUCCCCAAAAAGGCACACAAAAUCAAGAAAAAACAGCCACUAAAGGUUGUGUACAUCACAAACCCUAUCAAGUUCGAGACAAGUGCCUUGGAAUUCCGGGCACUCGUGCAAGAACUCACCGGGCAAGACGCUCACGUGGCCUACGGCCGAGGAGAGGCCGUGAAAGCGCAAAAUGUUAUUGCAGCAGCGGAGGAGGAAGAGGAGGAGGAAGCGACAAAGUCGGGCCAGUUUAGUGGCGAAGUGACCGAGCAGGAAGAGUUCGAUCUACCAAACGGCGACAGUUUUGUUUCGUCGCUCAUGAUCGAGGGCAUCGCCUCGAACCUGUUUGAUAUGCUUGAAGAUCUAGAUGAAAUGUAAUAGUAUAAUCUAGAUUGAAAGCAUGGAAUUUUUCUUGGGUUUUUCUUGUAAUUAUUUGUUUAUUUUGUCAAAUAUAUUGUUGUUGGAUUUUCUUUA